AUGGAUAAAUAUAUAGAUGGUCGUUUUGAGCGACUUGAGAAGGCCCUGGCCGUUCUCGUCGACUCAGUCAAUAAAUAUCAUCCUUCCAUAGCUCACGCCCGAGAGAUUGAGCUUGCCGACAGCGAGUUGAGCAAAGGCCUGGAAGAUGUCCAAACCCAUCAGAACAACUAUCUCCGUAUCCAGGAGCUGCGCAAGUCGUCCGCGGCCCUCGACUCCCAGAUCCGCGACACCCUCUCCAGCCUCGCCUCAACCCGCAAGGACAUCGUGACCACCCACGCCACGACCUUCCCCCCCGGGCCGAGCUACCCCUUCUCGUACGAGGAGCUCCUCAACUACGCCCGCCGCAUCAGCAAGACCACCAUGCCCUCGGCGUCCAUGAUCGCCGCUGCUGCUCCCGCCGCCGGCGCCACCUCCCCAGACAUGACACAGACGCCGCUGGCGACCGAGUUCCAGACGGGGGCGACGCCAUCCGCCGCCCCGACGCCCUCGCAGCCCCAGAGCCCUGCCAUCAUCAACGGCGCCCCGACCCCCAUGCAGAGCCAGCUCCAGACCUCGCAGCAGACAACAUCAACCCUGACCACCCUCCCCGAAAACUUCACGGAAUACCUCAACCCCCAAUCCGGGAAGCCCUUCUACCCGUGGCCGCAGGAGAACCAGAUCCGCGGCGGCGCCCUGGCGUCCAACCAGGCCCUCUCCGAGCAGGGCAUUGACCCCAAGGGGUACGACCCCGUGGAGGUGGAGAAUCGCAAGCAGAAGGAGGAGGAGGAGCGCAGGGCCAAGGAGGAGCAGGAGAAGCAGGAGCACCAGAGGAGGCUGGAGGAGGAGCGGGAGAGGCAGCUGCGGCAGCAGGAGGAGUGGCGCAGGAACACGGCGGCCGGUUCUUCGCCUACCCAGUCCACCCAGCCGAAUGCGCCGCCCGUCAAGAAGCAGUUCCAGUUCUCAUCGUUGGAUGAUCUCGAUGACGAUGACGAUGACUAG